AUGUCUCUCCACUACUUCCCCCCCAUCAAGCCCUCCGCCCUUGCCGUCGGCACCAUCUUCUCCCACUUCUCCUCUUUGAUUGGUUUCGCCCCCGUCAUUGGCGACACCAUCAAGCGAGCCAAGGCCGCUGACACCCCCGAGGAGUUUGCCCGACAGAAGGAGAACAACGGCGUCCUCGCCCUCUACGGAUCUUCUCUGCUCGGCUCCGGUCUGCAGUCUUACGCCGUGUCGGCCCUGAUUGUCCUCACCGGCACCACCACCACUAAGGGUGCUGCCUACCUCGGAGGUCUCAUCUUCGCCGUCAACUCCAUCCCCACCCUCGUCACCGGAAUCUUCCAGGAGAACCGACCCGUCGAGUACCUCGUUGGCAAGACCCUCUCUGCUCUGCUGGAGACCGUUGGUCUUACUCUCACUCUGAACUGGUGGGGAACCCGAAACGAGACUCUUUCUCUCGCCAAGUAA